AUGGUCACACCCAGUACACCCCUGCCGACACCCCUCAUGCGUCUGCAGAUGGCAUCCUCAGCGACAACGACCCCGAACACGAUCUCAUUGCGUCCUGUGCUCUCCUCAUUUGCGGUUCAGAUUGUCAAGUACAAGUUCGUUGCGGACAUCAAGCACGCCGUGAGGCCUGGCAAUGGCCUAUACAUCUCAUUCACUCCCUCUGAGUUUCGUAACGCCUCAGAUUGGGAUGACAUUGGAAGCUUGACAGUGAUCAAAGUCGAAGAGAUUCUUCGCAAGGAGCAUCCCCUUUCAAUGGCGCUUCUAGAGGCUAUCGCUGCCGAUCCGCAACGCAAGCGCCGAGGCCAAGUCACUCUGCGUCAGAUUCGCCCCGUAAAACUUUAUACUGAUUUUCAUGCCACAGGCUCUCCCAAGGCCCGUAGAAUCCAUAAAAUUGCGUUGUCGGUUCCAUAUGAUCUUUUUGUGUACAACAGCCGCAUUGGUCAAUCUUCGUCAUAUAGUGCCAUUUAUAGAGCGCUUCAGAUGCUUUGCCUGCGAGAAGAAAAUCAAACUCGCCUCCUCGGUCAAAAUUUGACAAAACGAGGUGUUCUUGUGAUUGACAACGUCCAGAAUUACCUAAGGCAGUGCGAUUCUCGCAUCUGUCGCUCAAAUGUUAUGAAUGUUGGUCUGGCUGGUACCUACAUCGAACUUGAGGACAUUGAUGUUCUUGCAUUUGACAUGACCGCAAAGAGCCGUCUGUUGGACGAGAACAAGCGCAUGACUACCAACGUAGAAGGCAAGUGACGGGUCUUUCGACAGUGAUAUCAUGACACGCUCCACAUCCCUUGAUAGAUCACGAUGGGGGUCUCCCCGUGGUCGCGAGCAUAUUGUUUUGCCUUGGACACAAUCC